AUUAGUAUUUUUCCUUCAUAACUUCAAUUCCCAUUAGUUUUCUUCAAAUUGGCUAUCGAAAUCUCGGUGGAACGCUUUUUUGCCGCCUUUCUUCUCUACAACAACGAACAACUAAUUACCUCGACGUGUAUUCAUGUGCUAAGUUUUGUUGUAAUAUUUUUAAUUAUUUUUUCAUUCAUUACCGAUAAAGUACAGUACUGGCACCAGUCACACCACCCCAGAACGUUACAUUAUCACGUCUUGGUAAACGCUAGUCAUUUGUGUAUCAACAUCAUUCUUAAACGCUCAGCUGGUGUUUUUGAAUGAAAGUUUUUUCUGUGUAGUAAAACACAGCUAGUUAUAAAGUAAUUUGAUGCUACAAAGUAUACUUGUUUAAAUUUUUUACUUCAAAAGAUAUACAAAAAUGUCUUCGUGGCAAGAUUAUGUUGACAAACAUUUAAUAGCUUCCAGAUGUGUUACUAAGGCUGCUAUCUCUGGUCAUGAUGGUACUGUUUGGGCAAAAUCUGAAGGAUUUGAUGUCAAUAAAGAAGAACUUAGUCGACUGAUUGCUGGUUUCGAAAACCAGGGUGUUUUAGCUGCUUCUGGUGUAACGUUAGCUGGCAGUAGAUAUAUUUAUUUAUCUGGUACUGAUAAAGUUAUUAGGGCAAAGUUGGGUAAAGUAGGUGCUCAUUGUGUAAAAACUCAACAAGCUGUAGUUGUUUCACUUUAUGAAGAUCCAAUUCAACCACAACAAGCUGCAUCAGUUGUUGAAAAGCUUGGUGACCAUUUGGUUGCUCAUGGAUAUUAGUGGACAUGCUAAAAUUAUGUUGCAUAAUUCAUAAUGUUUCAUAAUGUAUUUUGAAAAAUAAUAUCUUAAAUUUCAAAAUUCAAAAGUUAUGAAAAAUAACUUUAAAAAAUGAUAUGGCAUUUAUUUCAUUAUAUUAUAAUCAAAUCUUCAUUAAAUCUGAUAAAAUAACGUUCUUGAUUUUUGGGUCAAAAACUAGCAUAUAUAUUAUAUUAUAUUUUUUUUUAUUUUUUAUUUAUUUUUUUAUCAAUUUUAAUUAUUUCAUAAUCUCUUAAUGUGUUUGAUUUACUAUUAAGAUAUUUGUAAAGUUGCAUGGGAACUGUAGAUUUUGUUUAAAUUAUUAAAUAAGUUUUAAUUGAUUCUCAGUCUUAAAAUUUCUUAUAUCUAUAUAAAAAAAGUAUACAAAAAUUAUAAUGUUUACUGAAAUGCAUAAUUACUGUUGUAUUGUUUUAUUACAUUAUUUCAAAAAUUGUCAACGACCAUUAGGUUAUAUGUCAACAAUCAAUAGUUAAAUUUAUGUUAUCUUUGUCUAAUUGUUUUUAUUUUAACUAAUAACUUUAUUUUUCUUUAUUAUGUAUAAAUAUUUCUAUUAGAUACUUUUCUUUAUACUUGUUAUGAUUUGCACAAUAUUAUACUGUUCUAUCUAGAAACUUAAUAUAGAUGUUAUUUGUUUAAACCCAUGACUUAAAAUGAAGAUUAAUUGUACCUAACAUUUUAAAAUAUUUUGUAAUAUGUAUGUUUGAUAUUGAAUUGGCUGUGUGGUGUCUUUAAUUUUAUGUUAAUUUAUUAUUUUUAAAUGUCUACAAGCAAUAUUAAAUGUAUAGCUUUUUAUACCAAUUUACGUUCCCGUGGCAACCAAGUAAAAUAUUUAUAAUUGUAAUAAUAACAAAUUGCAUUGUAUAAUGUCAAAUAUAUUUUUAUUAUUAUUUAUUAUCAUCCAAUAAACAAAAAUUUAUAGAACAUUUUAAA